AUGACAAGAAUGGGGAAACGACAAGAGAUGAGGAGAGUGUUCAGACAGUUCUCGAUUUUGUCGUUUACAUGCGUCAUCAUGGCUACUUGGGAGUUUCUGUUGACAGCAAAUACGCAAGGAUUGGUUGAUGGUGGGCUCGCUGGGCUUUUCUGGAGCUAUUUGUGGACAAUAGUAGGCUUUGGGUUGAUCAUUGCGAGCAUGGCAGAGAUGGCGAGUAUUGCACCAACCAGCGGAGGACAGUACCAUUGGGUAUCCGAGUUCGCACCAGCCAAAUACCAGAAGUUCCUGAGUUACACCACCGGUUGGCUGUCUUCGAUGUCAUAUCAGGCCGGCAACGCCUCCGGAUUCUUCCUAGCCGGGACCGUCAUCCAAUGUCUGGCCAUGGUAAACUAUCCAUCAUAUACGGCACCCAACUGGCAGAGCACCCUGUGCGUAUUGGCUGUUGUGGUGGUUUCAGCUGUGUUCAACAUCUGGGGAUCAUGGUGCUUCCCAAUAUUGAACAAUAUCUCCAUGGUGCUUCAUAUCACUGGCUUCGUCGCUGUGGUAGUGACACUGUGGGUGCUUGCGCCUCAUCCACCUGCGAGCGAAGUCUUCCUGCAUUUCACCAACGCUGGUGGCUGGUCGACCAUACCGUUAAGUUUGAUGGUUGGGCAAAUCAGUGCAAUUGCUUCCCUGGGGUGUUCAGACGCGGCUGCUCAUAUGAGCGAAGAAGUGUCUGAUGCUGGUCUUUCCGUUCCUCGGUCCAUGAUGUGGACAUUCUACAUCAAUGGCGGAACCGGUCUGAUCUUCCUGGUCUCCAUCCUGUUCGCGAUCCCGUCCGUCGACGAUGCUUUGAACGAUCCAACUGGAUAUCCGUUCUUCUACAUGUUCCAGGUCGCCAUGCCCGACACCAACGUCGGUACCAAAAUUCUCACGGUCAUCGCAGUCUGGUGCUUAAUGGUCGGCAACGUCUCCUUCACAGCAUCCUGUGCACGUCAAGCUUGGUCCUUCGCUCGUGACAAAGGGCUCCCUUUCUCAGGCUGGAUAUCGAAAAUGAAUCCCAGGGUGCAUGUGCCCGUCAAUGCGACGCUGUUGACACUGGCAUGUACAGUACUGCUAUCACUGAUCAACCUGGGCUCCAAUGCGGCGUUCAAUGCAAUCCUCAGCUUGCAACUUUCGUCGCUCAUGGCGUCUUAUGCCAUCUGCAUCUCAUGCAUUGUGUAUCGAAAGAUCCGCGAUCCAGCAUCGAUACCCAAGGCCAGAUGGUCGCUGGGCAAGCUCGGCUUGCCGAUUAACAUCAUUGCCAUGUGCUAUUCGGUGUUUGCCUGCUUUUGGACGUUCUGGCCAAAUUCGACGCCAGUAGACGUCGAGUCCUUCAACUGGGCACCUGUGAUCUUCAUGGCUGUCAUCAUCGUGGCAAUGAUCACAUACAUCGUCCAAGGUAGGCACGUUUACGACGGCCCGGUGGCAUUGGUUAAGAAGUUAUGA